GGAGACACCUCGAAGAGGUCAUAUUGUGCGAAGCGCAAACGGGUGAGCACGCGAUUGGUGGUGUUUGCCUCUGCUUAGCAAGCCAGAGGUUGGCAAAGCGGCAAAUUGCAAACCGUAACCGCAACAGCUAACGGCGAACCGCUUACCUCCAAGAUGGACGCCCUGCUGAGCGCGCUGAAGGAAGCAGUACACAAAAUGAAAUCCUACCAAAUGAAAUACAGCAUAAACCUGAACGAGUUCCACAACCUGCUGUUUAUCAUUUCCAUCCUGUUCGCUUUGGCAUUUCUGUUUUACCUCAUCGUGAUUCUCUGUAGCAUUUUUUGCAAAGGAUCGAAACCAAACAAAAUAGUUUUGCUGUUGGGUCCAUGUGACAGUGGGAAGACGACUUUCCUUUUCAAAUUAAAAACAGACAAAUUAUGUACGACCGUUCCUUCUAUGAAAGAAAAUGUGGCUUUUAUAAGUUUGAAGAAUAACAAGUGGAAGAAGUGCAUUCGAUUUGUGGACUUUCCUGGGCACCCCAAACUGUCCUUUGCCCUAAACAAGUAUUUCAGCAUCACCAACGUCAUCGUUUACGUUUUGGACUGCUCGGAUCGGCAGGCCCUCAAAGUCGUUGCGGAGAAACUCUUCGAGCUGUACACCAACAAAGUCGUCGUGAAAAAGCAAAUCCCCCUCAUCAUCUUUUGCAACAAGACGGACCUGUGCAACUCGCGCCCGAAGCAAGUCAUUAAGGAGGACUUGGAGAGGGAAAUCGAAAUUUUAAAAAUGUCAAAAUAUAACAGCCUGGAUGAUGACUACAACGACGAGACGGAAUGCUUCCUGGGCACCAACUCGGAAUUCUUUCGAUUUGAAAAGGCGCCAUGUCAUACGGAAAUUUGCAGCGGGUCUGUAAAGAACAGCAACAUUGAAGAAGUGGUGGAGCUUUUACAGAAAUUUUACUAGCCAUCUGCGAGUGGCUCCUUUUUCGUGAAACCCAGUCCCCUCCCCUCAUCAAGGGGGACGUCGUUCAUUCAUUAAAAUACUUUUUAAGUCUUUUUCUCUUUUUUUGAGCAAAAGGGGAACAACUUUUUUGUUAAUUUCGUUUCCAAGAGGUUCCACUUAACAGUUUAGCUUUUUUGUCGAUCUGUGUAAAUGUGCACAUGUGUACAGAUGCACGAGGUGCACGUAUGUCGAUGCACUUAUAUUUGGCAGGGCAUACGUAUGGAACGCACAUACGUCAUCGCACAUGUAAGCGAAAAACUUUCUCACCUUUCUAACAUUUUAAGUUUAAUUU